GAAAGAAAAAAUUUGGAUAGCGUAUCACACUUUUCUUUAAGAUAAAUUAUUGCAGCAAUAGAAUUUCAAAGUCUUGGCCCGCAUCGUAGCAAAUUGGCUUGCCCAUUGGGUUUAAGCGAAUAACUCAGAAAAUUGCAGAGAGAGAUGGAGGGGAUAGAGCACAGAACUGUGAAAGUGAAUGGCAUAAACAUGCACAUUGCAGAGAAAGGCCAAGGCCCAGUGAUUCUCUUCCUGCACGGUUUCCCGGAGCUCUGGUACUCGUGGCGGCACCAGAUCGUAGCCCUGGCCUCUCUCGGCUACAGAGCCGUGGCUCCGGACCUCCGCGGCUACGGCGACACGGACGCGCCGGCUGAUCCCACCAGCUACACGAGCCUCCACGUGGUGGGUGAUCUCGUUGCGCUUCUGGACACUAUAGCCGCCGACCAGGACAAGGUGUUCGUGGUGGCUCACGACUGGGGUGCGAUCAUUGCUUGGUAUCUCUGCCUGUACAGGCCGGACAAGGUCAAGUCCUUGGUCAACCUGAGCGUGGCGUUUACCCCCAGGAACCCUACAAGGAAGCCCCUUGACUCCUUGAGAGCUCUUUAUGGAGAUGAUCAUUACAUUUGCAGAUUUCAGGAGCCUGGAGAGAUAGAAGCAGAGUUUGCCCAGAUUGGUACUGCAAGAGUUCUGAAGGAAUUUCUAACAUACCGCAAUCCAGGUCCCCUGUAUUUGCCUAAAGGUAAAGGCUUUGGGCAUCCCCCAGAUGCACCAAUCCUCCUGCCUUCUUGGCUCUCAGAGGAUGACAUUAACUACUAUGCCAACAAAUAUGAGAAGAGGGGCUUCACUGGGGGUUUGAACUACUACCGAGAUUUGGACCUAAAUUGGGAGCUCACCGCCCCAUGGACUGGGACCCAAGUAAAAGUUCCGGUCAAGUUCAUUGUGGGUGACCUUGACCUGACCUAUAAUGCUCCCGGCGUCAAGGAAUACAUACACAAAGGAGGGUUGAAGAAAUAUGUGCCAUUUCUGCAGGAGGUUGUUGUAAUGGAAGGAGUUGCACACUUCAUCAACGAGGAACGCCCUGAUGAGAUCAACAAACACAUUUAUGACUUCUUUCAGAAUUUCUGAUUGACUCUGAUCUUUUCACCCCCCGCCCCCCCUUCCCCUUGAAGUUCUCUUCUCCUCUCCUGCCUGGCUGUGGCGCUGUCGGUGCUUUUGCGUGUGAUUCUGUGUGCCAAUAAGUUAGUGUCUACAUUUUUUCCUGAAACUUUUACUAUGCAUAUCAAAGACAGUCACCAUCUUAAGAAAUUGAUGCACGCUUAUGUGUAUAUGUAUAUGUUUUUUCAAGUGAUUUGGAAAAGGGGAGAGAAAUGACACCAUGGAGCUGAUUAUAAAGAAUGGUUCUUAGGCGGAAUCUACUUUAUUCAGACGAUUGCUAAUUGGAAGAAGGCCCCAUGAUAUUUAAGAACACUCUUUGGCCGAUGUAGGGUAACCGGAUAAGUCCUUUUUUUUUUCUACGCAAUACCAAGGGAAUUGAGAAGGGUUGAAAUGGCACGAUAUUACUGAAUAGGAGAAAAUGGUUCAUAUAGGGAACCCAUAAAGAUAUCCAUUCAGUUGCUGUUCUGAUAGGAUCCAUACAUUCAGAAAGAAAUAAAAUCCUCUCUGUAUUUAUUUUA